AUGGCCGACAUCACGGAUCAGCACGAUCAAACCUCGCCCACCGAGCUCGACGAGCCGCAUUCGGUCGGUAACGGCAACGCUGGUGUUGGAGAGUCCCGCGGAAUCAAGCGCGCCCGCCCUAGUGCGGCCGACGACGAUGACGACGACGACGAGAAGGGUGGCCGCGAGCGGCGCAAGAUCGAGAUCAAGUUCAUCAGCGACAAAUCGCGCCGCCACAUCACCUUCUCCAAGCGCAAGGCCGGCAUUAUGAAGAAGGCCUACGAACUCUCUGUUUUGACAGGCACUCAAGUCCUGCUUCUCGUCGUAUCGGAAACUGGUCUGGUCUACACCUUUACCACGCCGAAGCUGCAACCUCUCGUCACAAAGGCCGAGGGCAAGAAUUUGAUUCAGGCAUGCCUGAACGCUCCCGAACCUCCCGCCGGCGACAACGGCGUGGACGACGCCAAUGCCGUCGACUCGCCCGAAGAGCCCGCCAGCGCCCACCUUCCUCCCCAGCAGACUCGGCCCGGGAUGCCUCAGGGUCACAUGCCUCCUGGCUACAUGCCAAGCGUGGGAAUGGACCCCCAGCAAGCGCUCGCCUACGGUUACGUGCAACCGCAACGGGGAAGCCAGUACAUGCCGCCGUCCGGCCUCCAGCAGCAUGCUGGUCACCAAUCUUAA